CAGUGGAGGCGAGAGGGCGGAAGUGACGCCACGGGGGUCCCGGCCGCGGGAUCCCCGGCGAGAGCAAGAUGGCGGACAAGGAGAAGAAGAAGAAGGAGAGCAUCUUGGACCUCUCCAAGUACAUCGACAAGACCAUCCGCGUGAAGUUCCAGGGCGGCCGGGAAGCCAGCGGCGUCCUGAAAGGCUUCGACCCGCUGCUCAACCUGGUGCUGGACGGGACCAUCGAGUACAUGAGAGAUCCGGAUGACCAGUACAAACUCACGGAAGACACCCGCCAGCUGGGCCUGGUGGUCUGCAGGGGGACCUCAGUGGUCCUCAUCUGCCCGCAAGACGGGAUGGAAGCCAUUCCGAACCCCUUCAUUCAGCAGCAAGAUGGCUGACCAUUGUUCUGUGGUUCAAGACCUUAGGAGGAGUGGAAGGCGGUUUCUGGAAAGGAGCCACAUUUGCAGGAGAAAUUAUUUUUUUAUGCUCGUUUUGUAUAGGAGGAGGAGGAACUUAUAAUAUUUGUUCUUGUUUUGCGUGACACUGUGUGGGGCCAAGAAAUAGUCUUACAACGAGGUGGUGUCUUUUGUCUGCAGUGGGCUUGGACCAUCUUUUCUGCUGUAAACCAUUGGAAUCGCAUUGGAAAGUUUGGUAAAAUCCGACAGACUAUUCUGGUUGGUUCCUGUUCCUUUAAUCUCUGGAUAAACAAUCUGAUCGCUCCCUGGUUUGGUCCUGUGUCCUCAGGCCUUCAUCUUUGCUGAUAACUCUGUUGUUUUCUCAGGAAGGCAUCUAGGACAAAUGAACAGUAGCCACGUGAACAUUUAGUCAGAAAGGAAAGGUGAUAAAAUGUGUGUAGUUUGUGAGCAUUCAUUUUCCUUUUCAUUCCUUGUUGAAGGAAGAGAAUUUAUUUGACAAAUAAUAAAACGCAUCCGGAAUCU